AUGCCCGACCCGGACUUCGAAUCCCAAUUCGACCUCGAGUUCAACGCCGGCAUGCUUGCCGGGCAUCAUCACACGAACGAGUUCAUUUUCGAUUCUGAUGAGGGCAGCCCGCUUCCUAAUCGCCCCGCAAGCCCCGGCCUCGACUGCGGCCAGGUCAUGAAUGGCACACCCGAGGACUACGGCUCACCGUCAGAGGCCCUUGGCCUGACAAGCAACACUAGCUCGCCGCACGAUUCCAUGUUUGACUCAGAAUCAUCCAAGAGGACGUCUAGCACAGCGUCCACGAAGUAUACUUUUGGCGAUAUGUCGAUGGACGACAACGGCUCAAACAAUAUGAAGCUCGACUGGAACCUUACCGAUGACGAUUUCGCAGCCAUGAUGCAGCCCAGCUUUAAUAUGCAGGCCUCGUCCUCCGCACCCGCCCAGCAAGAUGUGCGCAGUCCAACUGACAGUCCUAGUCCCUUCACCUUCAGCCCAGAUGCGACAAAUAUGCAAGACGCUGCUACAAUAUCCAAAGCAUCACCUCAGAGUGACGCUGGGCUCUCCUUUCAGACUGCUUGCGAGGAUGGUGUUGGGGCAUUUACCUUUCGGUCGCCUGGACCAAGCAUGCCGUCGGAUGUCUCGACUGCUCCAGGCGCAUCAUCCUUCUCUCCAGCAGCUUUGUGCCUGCGUCCCUCCCAGUCAAUACAGUCCCCUCCUAAAUAUGAGUUUCGUGGCGCUCAGCAGCCAGCAGCGCCCAUUGCUCCGACGAUGGCCACCUUCCCCGGCAUGCAUAUUUUUUCCGCUGGUCCCGUGUCCUCCAGCCAUUCCUUCUAUCAGGACGCGAUGAGGAUACCUAUCGGGCGUUCAUACGAACAUGACCAAUAUGGGCCAGGGCCGUAUCGGCUGGAGGUCGAUGCCAAUAACUCCAAAUCUCGUGUUGAGACCCAGAUCCAGAUCCGGCUCCGGCUGUCGCAUCUCCCUCCCGGUGUUACAAAACUUCACCUUCCCAAGCACACAAUCAGUAAGACCAAGUUAUGGGCGAAGCCUCCGGCGCAGCCUUCGCCGGACAUGCUUGAGCUGCAUACUGUCUUGGUUUGCACCAGCGCGAUGCAGGUUCAGAAGCAGAAGGAGGCGGCUUUGCAACGUGCCAAGGCUGCCGCGCGUCUAGUCAGGGCCCCUCCUCCCCCUCCCAACGGCGAAGAGGAGGAGCUAAAACCACAGGACGGAGGGGAAGUCAAGAUUUGCGAGCAGUGCAUUGGCCGAGAGCGCAAGAGGGCUGGUCGCAAAAAGCUCAAGAACCCUGAGGACGAGUUGGCAUGGAUUAGCGAUGAGCAUCGCCGGGUUAUUGUCUUUAAUACUCAUGAGGUCAAAGACUGGGUUUUGCAAAACCCCCCUGAGUGUGGCUCACGGCCCUUCUUCCAGGUCGAAGCUCCUAUGAGGAUAGCUUGCUACUGCCGACAUCAUGCUGAGAAGUUGGGAUUCCGUAUCAUCUUUACUCUGACCGACCACCGCGGCGAGAUCAUUGCCCAGACCCUAUCCCCGUCUAUCAUGAUCACCGAUGAUCACAAGAACACCAGUCCCAAGCCCCAACCAGGCUCGCGCAUCCGGAAAUUAAGUCCAACAAGGGAUGAGAUUCCAACGCAAGGUGUCAACGGACUGACCCCUUCGUUAGAGUCCUCUCCUAGCCUUGAUCUGCAGGCUGCGAGGCGAAGUUCAGCAGGUGUGCCGCCGAUGUCCACGACGUCGUUGGAAACACCCCAGCAACAGCCUGUGUUGGCAGCCGCAGCUCAAGCAGCUAGACCUAUAUCGCGCCCUCCUUCACCCUCCCUAGCAGGCGGGCCGGCUAAGAGGAGGAAAGCAAAUAAGUCAGUCAAGAUACCGGGCGACGUGACUAUGACACGUCUCGACACUGCUGUACCAUCAGGUCAUCGUCUCCAUCCGUCGAUUUCCAGCACUGGGCCGCUGACACCAGCAACCUCGCCGUUUCCUCCAACGCCACCGGCUACAUUACCGCAGACUUCCGACAUGUCGCUCUUCGGUUCUACUGCCGCCCCCACGGAGACCAUGCCAAACCCGUUUGGGAGCGCUUCGCAGACACCCGGGACUGGUAACAGCCAGUUGCUUCUGCCCAACUUGAGCAGGUCCUCCAGCUUCGCAAACAUGAACAUACCCAUGUUCGGUGCCCCUGGACCAGCCCGUCCCAAUCCUGUUUCAAGCCCCAACGCCACGAGGCCUGUGCAGGCUACUGCUGGUGCUGCUCCUCCUGCGCCCAUUAUCGGUCAGCCACGACCACAGCCUCAGGCCCAACCGGUGAUUUUCAAGGUCAUUCCGGGAGAGGGCCCCAUUGCUGGCGGCAUAGAAGUCACCCUCAUGGGACAGGGUUUCUACAACGGCAUGCACGUCAUGUUUGGCGAUAGGCAGGCUCCUGCGACGACUUUUUGGUCAUCGGAAUCGCUGGUGUGCCUCCUGCCGCCUGCUGCCCAAGCCGGCAUGGUUCCUGUUACUCUCAAGGAACAAAACCCCCAGAUGCAAAAUGUGGCAACUCAAUGGUUCAGAUAUGUGGAUGAUACAGAGCAACAGUUGUUGCGCACAGCUUUGAUGAUUCUCGGCAACAAGAUGACGGGCGGAUACGAGAAUGUUGCUGAUUUUGCUCGUCGAAUCAUCAAGGAGUCUGGAAUGAGUUUGCCAACCGGCACAACGGAGAUGGGUGCUGAAGGGACGACUACUCGGGCCAUUGAUAGCUUUGAAAAUCACCUGCUCAAGGUGUUGGAGCUCAUGGAUAUCACCAAUACGGCCCGGAAGCCGCGACUUAAUCUCAGGAGGUCAACCGGGCAUACCAUGUUGCAUUUGGCCUGUAUUCUUGGACUUCACCGCUUCGUGGCUGGUUUGCUAGCUCGCGGAGCAAAUCCUGAUUUGCGAGACAAGGGCGGCUACACAGCUUUGCAUUUGGCGGCGCUCCACGAUCGUCCUGAGAUUGUGCGGAUCCUGAUCAAUCACGGGGCAGACACGACUUUGCGGACGUUAUCUGGUCUGACGGCAGCAGAUGUUGCCAGGUCAAGGGAAUGCUUGCGGCUUAUUCUCCGGUUCGAGCAGCAUAAACGGACUCAGAGCGGUAGCGUGCCGCACAGCAGAAUUGGCAGCGUCACGAGCCUGAGAUCUCUCCGGCAAGAAGCCAUGGAGUCGUCCGAAUCCGAAGCUUCUCCCAGCACAUCGAGCGAUGAACCCAAGUCCGAGGACGACGGCAUUGUCUUCUCCGAUGACUCCUCUUCCGAACUCGCCACAGGUCGUGCUGUCAGUGACGAAUCUGGACUUCGCAUGCGGCGUGGACGAAGCAACGUGAACACUCCACGCGAGAAGAGCCCAGCAGCCCGUCCUCGGCGACGCGGCACCGAAGGUGCUUUUGGCCUUCCUGCUGCGGCCAUGAACCUCAUCAAGGAACAGGUAGCCGUCCACUUCCAACAGCUGCAGCAGAUGAUGGUGCCAGGUCUGCAGUACUUGCCGCAGUUCCCUCAACUUCCCCAGUUCUCUCAAUUUUCAUACCUGCCGCAGAUGCCAAACAUGCCUCCUUUGCCGGAAUAUCAGGCCGCUGUUCUCCAACGCCUAGCCGCUAUGAUCGGUGCCGCCCGUCCUGGGCCCGAUCAGCCCGGAGAGCCCACGACCAAGAGUCGGGAAGCCUCAUGGGGCUCGUCCGCUGAUGCCGAUGUUCAGACGCCGCCGCCGGCCUACGAUGAAUUGUUCCCAGACCAAGCGGGCAAUAGUGCCCUUGAUACGAAGCGAGCGUCUGUGGCACAAGCAGCUGCUGAUGCCGUGGCAGAUGCGAAGUGCGCUGCGAUGUUUGAUCAGCCCGUCACAUCGGCAACGACAUCAACAACUACUGCUGCAGAUCAAAGGGCAGAGGAAGAUGACGAUGCCGAUGAUUCAGCUUCGCAGGAGCUUCCUGUUUUGCUGCACGUAGGCCGCAAGAGCGCUAUCACUCGAGAGCAACAGGUCACACUGCGACGGGCACACGCCAGAAACCGCAAGAAGCUGGCUUGGGAUCGUAAUCUAUUCUUGAUUUGGAUUCCUCUCCUCGUACUCAUGGUCUGCGUUAUGAUCUACCACGGCUUGCACGGCUUUAUGGGCACUGCGCCUGGUUGGCGCCCUCCCGUCAUCUUGCCCGACGCCCUUGUUGCAGGCAAGGAAAGUCAAGGAAACAUAGCAAAUCCGGCCCUUGAUGUUGGCACCGUUGCUGAUCUUAGGGCUCCCCAGAUGCAAGAGCAGCAUGAGGCCGUUCCCAUCCUGAACGUCUAA